UGGAUCCCAUUGACGAUAAUAUCCCCUCAUCCAUUACUAAUUAAUCUGGAUUUGAGUACACCAUUAAUGGCUGCGCCCCACUCCUCCCCAGCUCCUUCUCCACCUCUUCAUCAGAAGCCCGAGGAUCACCAGGCAACACAACAAAGUGGUCAUCAUCAUAUCUCCGGACUGAAUGCUAGCAAUGGAGGGAAGCCCCCAACGAAGAUAACAUGGUUUCUAAAGCGUUUCAAGAAGAAAAAAACCGGUGGUUGGACCUCAGCCACUUUCUUGCUAGUAAACCAAGGGCUUGCGACGCUGGCGUUCUUUGGGGUAGCGGUGAACUUGGUGCUGUUCUUGACGAGAGUUUUGGGGCAGAGUAACGCCUCUGCGGCAAACAACGUCAGCAAAUGGACCGGAACGGUGUACCUCUGCUCUCUAUUGGGCGCCUUCUUCAGCGACUCCUACUGGGGCCGCUACCUUACAUGCGCCAUCUUCCAGCUCAUUUUCAUCACGGGGCUUUUGCUCUUGUCCUUGGUGUCAUGGGCUGUGUUGAUAAAGCCAGAGGGGUGCGGUGACGGCGUAGCCGCGUGCAAGCCGCCGACCACGUACGGGUCGGCCACAUUCUACCUGGCCAUCUACCUGGUGGCGCUGGGGUACGGGGGGCACCAACCCACGGUGGCCACCCUGGGGUCCGACCAGUUCGACGAGUCGGACCCCAAAGAGGCCUCUUCCAAGGCGGCUUUCUUCGGGUGCUUCUACUUCGCCCUCAACCUCGGCUCCCUCUUCUCCAACACCAUACUGGUCUACUUCGAGGACAACGGGUGCUGGAACUUGGGGUUCUGGGCGUCUGCCGCCUCCGCCGUGCUGGCGCUGCUCCUCUUCUGGCUCGGCUCGCCGGGUUACACUUGCGUGAAGCCCUUCGGCAACCCCAUCUACAGGAUCGCCCAAGUGUUCACGGCCGCUUUCCAUAAGCUGCAUGUGAGACUCCCCGAGAGGCGGGAGGAGUUGUACGAGGUUGACUCCUCCCAUCCUUCUGUUAUUGCUGGAACUCGGAAGAUCCUACACACUGACAACUUGAGGUGCUUGGACAAGGCGGCAAUUGUGACCCGAGAUGAGCGGUACGGGAAGCCGAACCCGUGGAGGCUCUGCACAGUGACCCAAGUGGAAGAGGCGAAAUGCGUGAUAAGGAUGCUCCCCAUAUGGGCCUGCACCAUAAUGUACUCCGUCAUCUUCACCCAGAUGUCCUCCCUCUUCGUGGAGCAAGGGGAGGCGAUGGACCCCCGCCUCCGCGGCUUCCGCCUCCCCGCCGCCAGCAUGUCCGCCUUCGACAUCUGCAGCGUCCUCCUCUGCACCCUCCUCCACCGCUUCCUCGUCGUCCCCUUCGCCUCCUCCCUCAGCAACAACCCCAGGGGCAUCACCGAGCUGCAGCGCAUGGGCGUCGGCCUCGCCAUCGGGAUGCUCGCCAUGGUCGCCGCCGGCGUCACCGAGAUCCAGCGGCUCCGGCGGGUCUCCCCGGGGGAACAUGCCAGCAGGCUGAGCAUCUUCUGGCAGGUCCCCCAGUACGUCCUCGUGGGGGCGUCGGAGGUCUUCAUGUACGUGGGGCAGCUGGAGUUCUUCAACGGGCAGGCCCCCGACGGGAUCAAGAGCUUCGGGAGCUCCCUGUGCAUGGCGUCCAUGUCGGUGGGGAACUACUUCAGCAGCAUGCUGGUGAACGUGGUGAUGGCGGUCACCGUCCGCGGCGGGGCGGUGCCGGGGUGGAUACCGGAGGACCUGAACACGGGACACAUGGACAGGUUUUACUUCCUCAUUGCCGCCCUCGCCGCGGCGGAUCUUGUGGUGUUUGUCAUGUGCGCCAAAUGGUACAAGUGCAUCAAGCUUGAGGAGACCAUUAGUGUGGAGGAGGAGGAGGAGGAGGACUCAACGUCGCGCUUGAAAGAAGGGCAGCUAGACGAUGAGUUAGAUCGGGUUUGAUUGAAUAUGAAUAUAAUGUUCUCUCGGUUUGAAAAAAAAGAUUCCAUCUCCAUUUUUUGCACGUCCCACAAAAGAUUUUUUAACUCACUUGAAAUACUUAAGAUACUCAUAAAUUAAUUUCUACUCACAAAAAAAAAUGGGGUUUACUUUAAAAAAUUUGGUGGGAGUUUAAAUAUAUUCUAGGAUGAGCAAAAAAUGAUGGUGAUUUGU